CUUGACGUCGUUCCACAGUUCUGUGGUUCUCGUAGCAAAGCAGGAGGUGGGAUGGUGUUGUUGUGUAGCUAAAGUUGCUGGUUUGAUGGCGGGUUGUGGUGCUUUAGGGCAACGUGUGAAUGUCUGUGGUGAAAAGGUGUUGGGUUGAGCCCCAGAGAGAGAUUAGCAACGAGCAGAAAGUGCUGCUGAAGAAAGAUUGACGGAGUUGAAAGAAGUCUUGGUGGAGCCGGAGGAAGAGAUGGAGGAUGAGCGCAGACUGCUGGAUUUCAGCCGGAUCCCCCUGAUAAUCUUACAGCGAAUAGAUCCCAAAAAAUAUUAUUUCUAUAAAGAAGAUGGAGUUCAGACUGAGCUCAGCAACCACAAGGGAAAUUCCACUUUAGAUGAGGAGGAACCAGAAUCUUGCCAGCCAAAAGAGGAGAAAAGGGAACAAGAACAUCAACAGUUUGUAGAAGAAGAGAGACAACUUGUGCUGAAAUGGGAGACUGAUAACAUUUUAUUGAUUCCUUCUAACGUGCAAAGACUCCCCAGUGAAGAAGAACAGAACAGGAACAAACUCCUCUCUCAGAAGCCUUUCUCAUGUCUGAGCUGUGGAAAAAGGUUCCACAAAAGCAGCAGUUUCAAAAUUCACAGGAGAACUCACAGAGGUGAGAAGCCGUUCUCUUGUGAAACCUGUGGAAAGAGUUUUAAAAGAAAAUAUUAUUUGGCAUAUCACAUGAGAAUACACACGGGUGAGAAGACUAUCACAUGUGUUACAUGUGGAAAAAGUCUUAAAAGUAAAAUUGCUUUGGCACAUCACAUGAGAAUACACACAGGUGAGAAGCCUUUCAAAUGUGUGACCUGUGGAAAAUGUUUUACAGCAAGAAAUAUUUUGAUUCAUCACAUUAGAACUCACAUAGGUGAGAAGCCUUUCAAAUGUGAGACCUGUGAAAAGAGUUUUGCAAGAAAAGAUUGUUUGUCUCUUCACUUAGUAACUCACACCGACAAGAAGCCUUUCAGAUGUGAUGUAUGUGGAAAAGGUUUUAGACAUAGAGGCAACUUAAAUAUUCACAUGAGAAUUCACACAGGGGAGAAGUCUUUCUCAUGUGGGAUUUGUGGAAAGAGUUUUUCACAUAAAAAAACUAUUGUCAGGCACAUGACACAUCACACAGGCGAGAAGCAUUUUUCAUGCAUGACCUGUGGAAAAGGUUUUAAAAGUAAAAUUGCUUUGGCAUGUCACAUGAGAAUACACAUAGAUGAAAAGCCUUACACAUGUGAAAAAGGUUUUAGAGAGAAAAGCGAUUUAAAAAGUCACAUGAAAACUCACACAGGUGAGAAGCCUUUCAAAUGUGAAACUUGUGGAAAAGGUUUUGUAGCAAAAGCUCAUUUGGCACGUCACUUAAAAACUCACACAGACAAGAAGCCUUUCACGUGUGUUACAUGUGGAAAAGGUUUUAGACAAAAAAGCAACUUAAAUAUUCACAUGAGAAUUCACACAGACGAGAAGCCUUUCUCAUGCAUGACCUGUGGAAAAAGUCUUAAAAGUAAAAUUGCUUUGGCACAUCACAUGAGAAUACACACAGGCGAGAAGCCUUUCAAAUGUGAAACUUGUGGAAAAAGUUAUGCUGUAAAAUAUCAUUUGGUACGUCAUUUAGAAACUCACACAGACAAGAAGCCUUUCAUGUGUGUUACAUGUGGAAAAAGCUUUAGAAAAAAAGGCGACUUAAAUAUUCACAUGAAAAUUCACACAGAUGAGAAACCUUUCUCAUGUGUGAUUUGUGGAAAGAGUUUUACACAAAAAAAAUAUAUUGUAAGACACAUCAAAGUCCACACAGACGAAAAGCCUUUCUCAUGCAUGACCUGUGGAAAAAGUUUUAAAAGUAAAAAUGCUUUGGUACAUCACAUGAGAAUACACACAGGCGAGAAGCCUUUCUUCUGCAUGACGUGUGGAAAGGGUUUUAGAUACACAAGCCGUUUAAAAAGUCACAUGAUAACUCACACAGGUGAGAAGCCUUUCAUGUGUGUGAGCUGUGGAAAAGGGUUUAGAAACAAAAGGAAUUUAAAAAUUCACAUGAGAACUCACACAGGUGAGAAGCCUUUCAAAUGUGAAACUUGUGGAAAAGGUUUUGUAGCAAAAGCUCAUUUGGCAUGUCACUUAGUAACUCAUACAGACAAGAAGCCUUUCACGUGUGUUACAUGUGGAAAAGGUUUAAGAAGUAAAGGCCACUUAAAAAUUCACAUGAGUCUUCACACAGGUGAGAAACCUUUCUCAUGUGAGACUUGUGGAAAGAGUUUUGCAACAAAAUAUUGUUUGGCAUAUCACAUGAGAAUACACACAAGCGAGAAGCCUUUCUCAUGUGAGACCUGUGGAAAGAGUUUUGCAACAAAAUCUGGUUUGGCAUAUCACAUGAGAAUACACACAAGCGAGAAGCCUUUCUCAUGUGAGACCUGUGGAAAGAGUUUUGCAACAAAAUCUGGUUUGGCAUAUCACAUGAGAAUACACACAAGCGAGAAGCCUUUCUCAUGUGAGACCUGUGGAAAGAGUUUUGCAAGAAAAUAUUGUUUGGUGUGUCACAUAAGAAUACACACAGGUGAGAAGCCUUUCUCAUGUGAGACCUGUGGAAUGAGUUUUGCAACAAAACCUGGUUUGGCAUGUCACAUGAGAAUACACAAAGGCGAGAAGCCUUUCAAAUGUGAAACUUGUGGAAAAGGUUUUGUAACAAAAGCUGAGUUGGCAUGUCACUUACUAACUCAUACAGACAAGAAGCCUUUCUCAUGUGUUACAUGUGGAAAAGGCUUUAGACAGAAAGGCCACUUAAAUAUUCACAUGAGAAUGCACACAGGCGAGAAGCCUUUCAAAUGUGAAACUUGUGGAAACGGUUUUGUAACAAAAGCUGAGUUGGCAUGUCACUUACUAACUCAUACAGACAAGAAGCCUUUCUCAUGUGUUACAUGUGGAAAAGGCUUUAGACAGAAAGGCCACUUAAAUAUUCACAUGAGAAUUCACACAGGUGAGAAACCUUUCUUGUGUGUGACCUGUGAAAAAGGUUUUAGAUGUAAAAGCAAUUUAAAAAUUCACAUGAGAACUCACACAGGUGAGAAGGCCUUCUAAUGUGUGACCUGUGCAAAGAGUUUUGCGACAAAAGCUAAUAUCACAUGAUAACUUACAAAGGCCAGCAGCCUGUAUAUUCAGAGUUCUGCUCAUCAUUAUUUUUAAAGGUAUGUGGUAACUUUUGAGAUGAUUAAAGGACAGAGAUGAGGCCAACGUCUUCACUCUAUUUCACUUCAUUCAGAAGAAUGCCAAACCCUUCUCUGUGCAUGUUCAAAACAUUUCUGACAGAGACGUUCGAUCUGAGAAUCAUCGAAGUCUCAAUGAGCUGUAAAAUGUGUUCUCGGUGUUAACACUUCUUGUAACACGUUAAAAUUUUUUUUAAAUGGCACAAUAUCAAAAAUAUUAACUGUGAAAUAUAAAUCACUUCGUCUCUUUCACUAUAUUAAUUAAGAAUACCUUUUAACCAUUUAUUUUACCCUGUGUAUGAAAUGCUUUUUAAAUGUUCUAAUAAUUUUGUAUUUUCAACCUGUCACAUAUUCCCUUCAGAAAAGUUGUUGUCCCCAACAUCAGGACCUUCACACAUGAACCCCUGGUAAAUACCACUAUUAAAGUGCAAAAGUCAAACUUUUUCUAAAGGUUUACAGACUGGAACUUUUCAUACAUUCUUUUUGAUUGGGAACUCAUUUAGUCUCAAGUGUCCAUUUCCCUGUUGAGAGCAGAGUUAUCCUGUGUAUUGCUAUAAAUACAAAUGUGAUUCAUAUUAAAUUGUAACAGUCCUCCCACUUAAUCUUUGAUAGAGUUUGGAUGAAAUCCAGUCUCUUCACACGAGUCUAGGUUAACUGCAUUCCCUGAACUGCAAAUAGACAAAUCAAUAAUGUAGCAACUUUGUCCAUAACAUCCUUGAAAAAAUAAGGAGGAACACCAUAUACAUAUGGCGUGGUCAUUUCUGGGUAACAAUGCUAAAUCUGCAUGUUGUUACAAGCUGGUGUACCCAGUUGUUAGAAUUAUUUUUACUAUUCUCUACAUAUUUUUUUAUUUACCAUGGUCAUUGCAUUAAUCAUAUAUUUACUCAUUACUAUAAAAAGGUUUUAAGGUUUGAGUUUAUUCAGAUAUUAACGUAGUUUUCAGAUGACUAAUAUCUCUUAUGUAUUAUUGUGUUUGUGUUCAUCAGUAUCGUCAUUUACUGGAACAU